AUGGACAACAUCGACGAGGAAUAUGACCGGCUUGUCGAACACCUUCACGACUGCGCGAAGAAGGCUGAGAGUUUUAAAACCACCAGGAGGCGCCUGUCUCUUGAAACUCUUGAGCUGAUACGCCAGCGUGGAGCAGCACGAGCCGCAGGGAACCAAGAACUCACGUCCGAGCUCGCAAGGCUUUGCCGAGAGGCGAUAAAGGAAGACCUUAAAGAGAGAAGAGCAGAAGUGCUGGCUGAAGCUGCAGAGGCGGGGAAAAGCAUCCGCUAUGCCCGUCGAGACUUCGCCAGUCGCAAGACGAGGAUGACUGCUCUCCGGAACCCAAAGGGAACAGCCAUUGCAUCGAGAAGGGGGAUGGAGAAAAUCAUCUACGACUUCUACUCUGAUCUCUUCGACAGCCAUGUCCACUUGCCUCCUCACCAUCUGAGGGAAGAUGGACAAGUCAUUCCAGAGGUUCUCCCGUCCGAAAUACGACAUGCUAUCAUAGCCUUCCGCCAGUACUCAUCAACACCCUGGCUCUUUACACGUUAUCUGUCGGAAUGCAAGGUUCCUAAACAGUGGAAGACCAGCAAGACCGUGUUGUUGUAUAAAAAGGGAGAUCCACAUGACAUCGGCAACUAUCGCCCAAUCUGCCUACUGUCCGUCAUCUACAAGCUCUUUACAAGAGUAAUCCUUAAUAGGAUUGAAAAAGUCUUGGAUGAAGGACAGCCAUGCGAGCAAGCAGGGUUUCGAAAAGGAUUCAGCACGAUUGACCACAUUCACACUGUUUCGAAACUCAUCGAGGUAUCACGAGAGUACAAGAUGCCGCUCUGUCUCACCUUCAUCGACUUAAAGAAGGCUUUCGACUCGGUUGAGACGGAAGCGGUCGUGGAAGCCUUGAACAACCAAGGCGUCCCUACUCAGUACAUUAAGGUACUUCGAGAGUUGUACAGUAACUUCACGACCGGAAUUUCGCCAUUCUACAAGAACAUCAUCAUUGACGUGAAGAGGGGGGUCCGACAGGGUGAUACAAUUUCACCCAAAAUAUUCACAGCCACCCUCGAGAACGCAAUGCGAAAGUUGGAAUGGGACGACAUGGGAGUGAAGGUUGAUGGUCGGCAGCUACACCAUUUGCGCUUUGCUGAUGACAUCGUACUGGUAACACCUAGCAUCAGCCAAGCGGAACGAAUGCUGACCGAAUUCGACGAAACAUGUGGAUGCAUCGGUCUUCAGCUGAAUCUACAAAAGACGAUGUUCAUGCGGAACGGAUGGGUCUCGGAUGCCCCAUUCACGCUCAACGGAACGAACAUAUCCGAAUGCACCAGCUACGUUUAUCUGGGUCGGGAACUGAACAUGAUGAACGACCUGACCCCCGAGCUGGGCAGGAGGAGACGAGCGGCUUGGGGAGCGUUCAAGAGCAUCGAGGAUGUAGUGAAGAAGACCAGGAACACCCGGCUCCGUGCUCACCUCUUCAACACCACCGUACUUCCUGCUUUGACUUAUGCUUCGGAAGCCUGGGCAUUUCGCAAGCAGGAAGAAAACGCGGUGAGCGUCAUUGAACGCGCAAUUGAGAGAGUGAUGCUAGGAGUAUCCCGUUUCACGCAAGUGAGGGACGGGAUUCGAAGUUCCCUCCUACGUCAGCGAUCGAAGAUUAGAGACGCCGCCGCGUUUGUCAAGGAAAGUAAAAUAAGGUGGGCCGGACACGUGAUGCGCUUUGAUGACAACCGUUGGACCAGAGCCGUGAGCGACUGGGUUCCCCGCGAUAUUAAGCGCACUACAGGAAGACCGCCGACCCGAUGGUCAGAUUUCUUCACGAAAUCCUUGAAAGAAAAAUAUGAUGCUCUUCGUGUCCCACGCGAAAGGAGGAACCACUGGGCUACUCUGGCACGCGAUCGGGACAAAUGGAAGAAUUACUGGCGCCCGCUCGACCAGUUCGAAGAAUAA